UAUCCGGCCUCUUCUUCUUCUGUUACUGUCGCCUCCGGCGACGGCGACGGCGACGGCGAGGAGAUGGCGACGGAGAAGGCGCGGCAGCUCCUGGCCCGCCUCGCCGUCACCCCGGACGCCGCCGUCCCCGACCUCCCCUUCCUCCACCGCGCGCUCCUCCUCCCGCUCCUCUCCGCAGCCUCCGUCCUCCUCCGCCUCUCCGUCCACUCCCCGCUACGCCCACGCCUGCGCCAAGCGCUCCUCCCCGUCCCCGUCGUCAGCGUCGGCAAUCUCACCUGGGGAGGCAACGGGAAGACGCCCAUGGUCGACUUCCUCGCGCGCAGCUUCCACGCCAUGGCCAUCUCGCCGCUCGUCCUAACAAGGGGUUAUGCUGGUGGCGAUGAAUCCAAGAUGCUCCGGAGGCGCCUUGCUGAUACUUCCGCCAAGAUUGGGGUUGGUGCAAAUAGGGCUGCUGUGGCUUCUUCCAUGCUGCAAAAGUAUGGCUAUGUCCACCCUUGCGAGGCGUUCCACCCGGAGAAGCUUCCGUCAGCGUGCAACCGGGCUGUGAUCGACAAAAGUGCCAAGAUUGGAGUGGCCAUACUGGACGAUGGAAUGCAGCACCGGAGUUUGCUUCGAGAUGUGGAGAUCGUGAUGGUCAAUGGGCUGACACCUUGGGGAAACACUCAUUUCAUUCCACGAGGACCCAUGAGGGAACCGUUGAGCGCGCUUACUCGAGCUGAUAUAGUGGUUAUUCAUAAUGCAGAUCUGGCUUGUGAAGUGCAACUGGAAACAAUUCAAUCUACAGUCCAGGAUAGUGGUGCGACAUGUCCAGUGUUCUUUAGUAAAUUGUCUCCAUCUCAUAUUUUCGAGGUUAAUCAACCAUGGCAGAGACUGCCUCUUAAUGUGUUGGAUGGCACGAUCGUGCUAUGUAUCUCUGCAAUUGGCUGCCCGGAUGCUUUCAUACAUACAGUUAGAGAGAUUGGUCCACUCAAGAUUGAUAGGCUGGAUUUCAGUGAUCACCAUUUCUUCCAUGAUCAUGACCUGAAAUUAAUCCAAGAAAGAGUGAGGAAGCUUGUUGAUCAACAUAACAAAGAGACCAUCGUCAUAGUUACGGAGAAGGAUUACGACCGUGAUCCAGAUGCCCUUAGGAUGUUAGACGUAAAGGUUUGGGUUCUGUCUUCUUCUUUGCAAAUUAUGCCCCUCAAGGAACAAAGAGAAGAUGAAUUUAUGAGGAAAGUGAAGGACAUUAUUACAACUAGGCAUGGAAAAUCACAUAGGGAGAGAGCCCAUCUAUGAGGUGCUGAUCAUUUGGCAGGGGCGAAGCUAGAAAGGCAGAGCACUAGGUUCAGUUCAAGACAGAUGGUGUCAUACGGCUGAAAAUAUCUUGAAGCAAAACAGUUUUGUCAUUAAGAACUGUUACUUCCAUACCAUGUUGUAUUAGCGUUGAUUGGUUAAUUCAAAUCCUGUUUAUUUUCCAGAACACACACCAUUUUAGUGGGAGUUUUAUUCAACUGGGUCAGUGAUCUGAACCUCCGUUUAACCUGAACUGGAUCUGGAUCCGACAGGAUCAUGAGAAGGUGCCCCUCUUCUGUUGUCCAUAUAUAGCUUUCAGUUCCCAGUUUUCUCUUGGAAAAAGUUGGUAGGUAAAUGUAUCCAUCAAUACCAACCUGCCUAUGUAUAUCCACUUUGACAUAUGGUUAUUACAAUAUUCCUACUCUAA